CGCCGCGGCUCGGUGCCAAAGCCCCGCUCGCCUCCAACGCCUCUCCGCUCCGGAACCGCAGAGCCCCCCCAAAACCUACCCAGGCGGCGGCGAUCGCGGCGCCGGGCGUCUCUCGUCGCGGGGAGGGAGCGGGGGGCGACCGUUCCGGGCGGGCUCGCGCAGGAGGCGCGCAAGGCGCUGGCGGCGUGAUCGGCGGUCGCUGCUGGGCCGCGGGAGGGAGCGCCGGCCGUCCCUGCCUCGGCCUCGUCGCCUCUGGCGGCUCGCUUAGGAAGGAUGGCAGCUCCAAACGCUCUGGAGGAAAGAUUUAAUGAUGCGGUCAGAUCCAUGACCAGUAUGGGUUUCCCAAAGGAAACUGUUGUGCGAAAAUUGAAGAAGCUACUGACAGUGUAUGGUGACAAUUGGGAGCAUAUAGAAGCUGAUAACUAUACUACUCUAGCUGGUGCUUUAUGUGAUGCUGAUGAUCCAAAUCCCAAAGAAGGGCAGAAAAAGCGAGCUGAGAAGAAGAAUCUGGAUUUGGACCAUCGUAACAAGAAGCUUAAGAUUAAAGAGCACGGUCAGAAGCCUAAAUUGAUUCAUGGCAAUAGCAAGAGAGAGUCGGCUGAAGUGCCACGUCAGCAAAAAGUAGAAGCCAUUGAGGGGGGAACCAUUAGAACCCAAUUGCAGAAGCAGUCUUCACAAAUUGGUAUGAAGGAACCAAAAGUUGAAACGAGUCUUGCAGAGACUAUAGCGAUUGGUGAAAGCAGUUCAGCUUUAGUACUUAAAAGUCAAGAAUAUCACACCUUUGAGACCCCACUCGCAGUUAUGUGUCCUAAAGUUUUACAACCUAGCCAUCAUAAUGGACGUGAAGACGCUCAUUUGAUUUGUGGUGUUCAACGUGCUGCUGAUAAGAAGCUAAAAGGUGUUCUGGUUGCGCAUGAAGGGCAGAUGGCUAAUGCAUGUAGCAGCCAAGCAAUUGUAAGAAGCAGAGAUUUUUCCACCAACUUUGAGGUACCAUUGUCCAGCUCUGCAGGAGGAAAACUAUCAUUCUGGUUCAACUCUUCAUUGGCAAAUGGUUCUUAUUUUCGUAUGCCUGACAUUGAGUCAAUAUGCAAGGCAAUGGAGGCUAAAUGCCUCACGACAUACAAGAUUCUAGAACCCAAUUUCUCUUUCAUGAAACUUUUGGAUGAUACUUGCCAGUGUAUUCUUGAUUUGGGUUCUGGAUCCAAUGAGUCUAGAGAGAGAAGUAUUGUAGAAAUACUUGCUAUGCCUUCAUUGCAGUCAAAUCAAAAUAGUUCCGCUUGCAUGCCUCUUAGUAAUCUCAUGAGGCUUGGUGGUAGUGCUGCUUUUUCUGGAGGUCGCCAGAACAAUUCUAGUAAUUUGCAGGUUAUUCAGAAUCAGUUACCUACUAGUGUCAAGAGACAAUAUCAUGAUGUCAAUGAUAUAACAAAAGGUGAAGAACGUGUGAGCAUUCCAAUAGUCAGUGGAGUUGAACAUGGGGUUCUUCCUCCUCCAUUUCACUAUAUACCGCACAAUACCACCUUACAAGAGGCCUAUAUCAACCUCUCACUUGCUAGAAUUGGAGAUGAAAACUGUUGUUCUGAUUGUUUUGGAGAUUGUUUAGCAGAGCCACUUCCUUGUGCGUGUGCAACAGAAACUGGAGGAGAAUUUGCUUAUACAAGAGAUGGCCUGCUCAAGAAAGAAUUUCUUGAUGCUCUUAUCUCAAUGCGCCGAGAACCACUUAAGCAUCCCCACUUCUACUGCACUGUUUGUCCUAUUGAACGAAUGAAAAUGGAAGUAAACUCAGUGAAACCUGAUCCUUGUAAAGGGCAUCCUAUUAAGAAAUUUGUCAAGGAAUGCUGGAGAAAAUGUGGCUGCAGCAGAAAUUGCGGAAACCGUGUUGUUCAGCGAGGCAUUACUCGGAAUCUGCAGGUGUUCUUGACCCCUGGAGAAAAGGGGUGGGGCCUGCGCCCUGCUGAAAAACUCCCUCAAGGUGCUUUUGUUUGUGAGUAUGUUGGUGAAAUAUUGACAAACAUUGAGCUAUAUGAGCGAAAUAACCAAAUCACUGGUAAAGCGAAGCAUACGUAUCCUGUGCUACUGAAUGCUGACUGGGGCACUGAAGGUGUUCUGAAGGACGAGGAAGCCCUCUGUCUAGAUGGUACCUUUUACGGGAACGUUGCGAGGUUUAUAAACCAUAGGUGCUUCGAUGGUAACAUCAUUGAUAUUCCUGUUGAGAUUGAGACGCCCGACCACCACUACUAUCAUGUGGCGUUCUUCACAACUAGGGAAGUAGAUGCUUUCGAAGAGCUGACAUGGGACUAUGGAAUUGAUUUUGAUGACGUCGACCAUCCUAUCAAGGCAUUCAAAUGCCACUGUGGAAGUGAGUUUUGUCGGGACAAAAGUCGCAUCUCAAGAGGAUCUAAAGCUAGAGCCCCGGUUCUGCGGUGAUUAGAGACUCAGGGCAGCAAGGAGCUAUGCAGGGUCCUCUCCAUGGUAUCGUCGUAGACAGAUGACGUAUUGCUCUCCAUUUCAACAAAGAAGAAUUUAGGGUAUAUUAGCUCCAUCAUUCUAGGUUACUGAUCCGGCAGUCGUUCAGGAAAUGUUGACCUACCAAGCUUACUCCAUAGAAGCGUUUCUUUUGUGGUU